GUGGGUGGUGAAGCUCCGUAUAGGCAAGCCUGUGACGCCGCCAAUGAAGGUUUGCAGCACACAUUUUGUCACCGAAGACUUCUUCUAGAGCAGCAUUGGUCUGUACGACUCAAAGGCGAGUUUCCAAGUUGAUUAGACGUGGAAGAGUGAGAAGCCUAAAAUGACCUAUCUACCAAUGGAAUCAAAGCCAAAUGGCAUGAACUUGCCAGACGGCAUUCAUAAGAAGAAGCACGAAGAGCAGAAACCGAUGUGCGAUGUGUACUUGGUAGUAUGGAGACCUCCACCAAGCCGAAAAUGGAAGUCUUGGUUCUCAAUUAGCUCGGACUGCUGCGACACGUCUUCACGCGCAAUGCAGCAUUGCGGGCUGCGAUUUCACUGGAAAAAUGGCGCUUCGUUUCUGCUUGAAGCUGUGGAGAAAGGCGGCAAACUCGUUGGACAGAUGCAAAACAACGACAUAGAGUGUGAACCACUGGAACAGAUUCCACUCGGAUCUCAUGAGCUUGACUAUGGCGACAUAGCAAAUGCUUACGGAGAGAUGUCAAAGCCAGAGAAGUACGAUGUUGUAAAGAACAACUGCCAAGAAUGGAUAGUGAAAUUGUGCAAUUUGAUGAAGAUCUCUGUGCCAAACAAAGUAUACACGUUGCGAGAGCUUCUGUCACUUCCUUCUGACACCAAGAAAAAUGCAUAAUAUGACAGCGGAACCCAGGAGUCUACGAGCAACGCACCUAGACUAUGGAUAGCCUCCAGUGAUGAAGAAUAACCCUCGUCAGACAUGUACAUCGGACGACAGAGUAGAUUACUAAUAAGUGACAAUAGUGUGUGCAUCAGCCUUGUAUGUUUAUAUAAAAUAUAAGUACUUAUGCUAG